AUGCUCUCUCUUUUCAACAACAGAUGGUAUUGUGGCGAUGAUUACGUUUCUUCUUUUUACUCAUCUUUUUCUCCUUCAGCCAUUUGUACAUUUUGUCAUUUUUUUCUUUCUUUCUCUUCUAAUGUUUCUUUCGUUAUAUAUUUCUUUCUGAUUUUUCGUUUUCUGUCUUUCUGUCUUUCUUUCUUUCGUUCGUUUUUUUUUCUACAUGUCUUUUCUUUUCGUUCUUUCUUUCGUCCUUUCUUUCUUUCGUUCUUUCUACGUUAUUUUCUUUCGAUCGAUCGUUCUUUCUGUUUUUGUAGGCAUCUUUCUUUCCUUUUUUUCUUCCUUUCCUUCUUUUUUCUUUCUUUCUUUCUUUCUUUCUUUUUGCACUUCAGUUUAAUAUUUCUUUCGGCAUGCGUUCAUUUUUUUUUUUUUUUUGCAUUCUUUUUUUUUGUUUUAUUUUCAUUCCUUGUUUCUUUCUUUCAUUUUUCUCUUCAUCAUACUCUUCUUCCUUUAUUUUUCUGCUUCCUGUACCUCUUUCUUUUUGUCUUCCUCUAUACCGCUUUCUUUAUCUGCCUCUUAUGCUUCUUUCUCUCAUUCUUUUCUUUCUCUCUUUCUUUCAUUCCUUUUUCUUUCUUUCUCUCUUUUUUCUUUCUUUUUCUUUCUUUCUUUCUUUUAUUCCUUCUUACUUUCUUCUCCCUUCCCUUCAUUUUCUCUAUUAUUUAUUUCUUCUCUUUUAGUACUUUCUUUCUAUCUUUCUUUCUUUCUUUCUUUCUUUCUUUCUUUCUUUCUUUCUUGUUCCCUUGA